AUGAACGCCAACAUUGACGCGCUCGCGUCGCGCGGCCCGCACUCCAAGUACUCGCUGCCGAAGGAGAACCUCGUCGGGAAGCUCGAGCUGACGCUCGACAGCGACUACUCGGAAGGCAUCGCUUGCUACUUGGAUGCGCUCGGCUUCCAGUCGUUUGACGCCGCCGUCAAGCACGUCAAGGGCGAGUCGCUCCCAUUUGCCACCAUGGGGUCGCUCCCGCUGGUCCGCGACCUCCAGCGCGCAGGCUUGGACUUGACGCUCACGGGCUUUGGCAAGAGCUCGGUCUACCACGGCGACAACGAGUACUGCCUUCUCAGCGACAUGGUCGAUGGCAUGGCGAUCCUCGCGCACUUUGCGCAGACGGUCGACGACGCGUAGAGUAGAGAGUAUUAGAUACUAGAUUGCGUUUACAAGCAUUGAGCUUUCAGGUUCAAGAUUACGUGAAACCCGACAGGCAG